UUCUCCCCGCGUCGUCUCCACAGAAAGAUGCGCCGCGGUCCGCUCGCCGCUAAUAAAAGCCAAUCUCCUCGUCACCACGCCGACGCCUUCGUGCAUUAUGGAUGCCCCCGGUGCGGCGGCCCUGCGAGGUAGCGUGGGAACCCGCCGGUAGAGGACCGAUGCUCCAGCGUCCCGCACCGCAACUGCAAGAGCAUCUCGUUUUCAUCCGCACCGGGGGCCAUGGCUGCAUAGCGCCAGUCUAGCCCAGGCGUGCACCGGGGGUGCGCUUCUUUUGAAGACUUGGUCCCCCCCCCCCCCCCCCUCCCUGACACUUCACCCCGCAUGCCGGAUUCAGGUCGCUAUGCGGGAGUAUAAGGUGGUGGUGCUCGGCAGCGGCGGGGUGGGCAAGUCCGCCCUGACCGUGCAGUUCGUCACCGGGACGUUCAUAGAGAAGUACGACCCGACCAUCGAAGAUUUCUACCGGAAGGAGAUCGAGGUGGACUCCUCUCCGUCGGUGCUGGAGAUCCUGGACACGGCCGGUACCGAGCAGUUCGCCUCCAUGCGGGACCUCUACAUCCGGAACGGCCAGGGCUUCAUCCUGGUCUACAGUCUGGUCAACCAGCAAAGUUUUCAGGACAUCAAGCCCAUGAGGGACCAGAUCAUCAGGGUGAAAAGGUACCAGCAGGUGCCGGUGGUGCUGGUGGGCAACAAGGUGGACCUGGAAGAGGAGAGGGAGGUGUCCCCCAGCGAGGGCCAGGCGCUGGCCGAGGACUGGGGCUGCCCCUUCAUGGAGACGUCGGCCAAGAGCAAGACCAUGGUGGACGAGCUCUUCGCCGAGAUCGUGAGGCAGAUGGACUUCUGCCCUCUGCCGGACCGGAGAGAGGCCUGCUGCCCCGCCUGCAGCGUGCAGUAGCAGCAGCCCGCCAGGAGGGGGGCGAUCGGCAGUUAGACUGCACAUUAUUCAUGUUAGAUAGAUUGAAGGAGGAGGGAUUUAAAAAAAGAGAAGAUCCACUCUUUCUGAAACUGUUUAGUCUUCCUGUAUCGAGCAGUUUAGGCCGGUGCAUUCUGGGAAAUGUAGGAAAAUCCUGAUGCAGAAGUAGACGGGAGAAAAGUUUCCCGGGGGAAGUUCAACUUCAACAUACCGAGUGGAUUUUUCCCUUUUGAAAAAAAUUGUUAUUAAAAAAAAAGAGAGACGUCGCUCGACCUCCCACCUUCAUCAGCGUCCUCCUGAUUAACAGGAGCAGACGUUCAGGGUUUCCCAAAAGGCAGCGCGGUGCCAACACCAUCUUUUAAAAGCCAUCGACAAAGAGGAUCAGAGUGCUAAAACAAGUUUUUUGGGAAACCAGCCAUCGGUCCCAGCAGGGACGGCAGUUUUAUUGGUCCUCUUCUCCUCUUGCUUGUGUUUUUUUCUUUUUUGCACUCCUUUUGGACUCUUUUUUCCCGACCGUCCGAGACCAGUCACCAGGUAUCUGAAACACCACUGUGACGGAGUCGCACUGGAAGUUAAUUUCCCAGCUGGCCCGCCUGAAUAUGACUGAAGGAUGAGAGAAUGUUUCAAAAUAAAUAAAAAGGGAACCGCACCUUUGGGGAUAUUCACUCAGAAGAUCCCAAAUGUUGACAUACUGUGGACGAUGCGUGCAUGAAGGUGUACCGUCACACCGACCUCACCCAAAGAGACAAUAUCAAUCAAUCAACCGGACUCUCGUCUUUACACCUUACAGAUGAUACACAUGCCUUGUUACAUUGUAUGAAGUGAACAUCAGUGUCAGUGUAUAGUUCUUUUAUCUUAAAGUCACAUCAGAUAUGUUUGUGGUUCAAUGUGAGAAACACUUAUUUUCAACAACAAAAAUAAAUCUUUAUGCACAACUGUG